AACCGAAGAAAAAAUUAUUUCUCAGGUUAACAUUUACAUAACCCACCCAAAAUUUAUAAACAAAAAAAGAAAAAAAAUUUAAUUUCUAUUACGAUCUUUGAUUUGUGUGAAAAAAUAUUUAUUAUAAUUGGGUUGGGUUUUUUUUUUUGUUUGAGAAGAAGGAAAUUUUUUGUAAUCAUGAAGUUUGGAGAAACUUUCAUGGAGUAUUUACAGGCGGAAGAAGGUUUGGAUAAAUUUAGUCCGCAUGUUGAAUACAAAAGGUUGAAGAAAGUUUUGAAGAGUUGUAGGGCUUGUAGGGCUGCUUUGAAGGAAUCCAAUUCCAAUGGAGGACAACAGGAGGAUCAUGAAAAUGAAGGUUCUGAGAUUUGUCGGCUUGAAUCUUGCCAUAUGUGUGAUCAAAACUUCUUCGCUGAGUUGAAAAAGGAGGCUUCUGAUAUAGCUGGUUGCUUCAGUUCUAGAGUGAGAAGACUUCUCCAACUUCAUACUGCUCCAGGAAUACAAAAGUACCUGGUAACGUUGCGUCAAUGUUUCAAGAAUGAUCAGCAGGCCAUGAUGCAAGAGUGCCAAAUACUAAUUGAAUAUGCCAUGAUGAAUGCUAUUGCUAUGCAAAAGAUUCUUAAGAAAUAUGAUAAAGUUCACUGCUCCGUGACUGGAAGGAACUUUAAGUCAAAGAUGCGUUCUGAACGCCUUGAGAUUCUACAAUCACCAUGGUUGAUAGAAUUAGGUGCUUUGUAUAUGAAUUUCAAUGAAUCGAAUGGUGGGAAGUCUAAUGUGAUUUUCAGCCAAUUUUCUUGCAAUCUCAGUGAUACAGGGUCUAUUAUGACUUUGAAGGUUCCAGAUUCUGUGAAAUUAGAGUAUGAUCUGACUUGUCCAAUCUGCUUGGAUACUGUCUUCAAUCCAUAUGCUUUAAGCUGUGGGCAUCUUUUCUGCAAAUCUUGUGCUUGCACUGCAGCUUCUGUGAUGAUAUUCCAAGGUAUUAGGGCUGCAAGUAACCUGUCAAAAUGUCCAGUUUGCAGAGAGGUUGGAACUUAUGCUAAUGCAGUGCAUAUGCUGGAACUAGAUUUGCUUCAGAAGAAGAGAUUUAAGCAGUAUUGGAAGGAAAGACAUGCUUCCGAACGAGCUGAAAUGGUGAAACAAUCAAAAAUCUUCUGGGAUAACCAAACAAGAUAUGCUGUCGGUUUUUAGAUACCGUCUUGGUGCAGCAGCGCGAUGGAGCGAUCUAUUUCCUCCGAGCUCCGAUUUUUUUCACAUUCAUCGGCUGAAUAUCAUCAGCUGGUGUUUUUGUCUAAUUUAGAACAUUGUUCCUUGAUACUAAUAGCUUCCUGAUUCUUAGACUAUUGGAGUUUGCCAAAGUUGCUAAAAGUCACAUAUUGUGACUUUGGUUUCUUUUCUUGCAAAUUUUCUUAAGACUCAUUUAUCAGAUUUCAAAGUGGCAAUUUUGGCUUGAAUUACUGAUAUUUUAAAUCAGGGCCUCAAUAAAAUCCAUUUUGCUGUUUCUUAA